UGGACAUCAUCUCCAUGGCAGAAACGACGAUGAUGCCAGAGGAGAUCGAGCUGGAGAUGGCGAAAAUUCAACGUCUCCGGGAAGUCUUGGUCCGAAGGGAGUCUGAGCUCAGGUUCAUGAUGGACGAUAUCCAGCUCUGCAAGGACAUCAUGGACUUGAAGCAGGAACUGCAGAACUUGGUCGCCAUCCCAGAAAAAGAAAAAACCAAGCCACAGAAGCAGAGAGAGGAUGAGUUGAUUCAGAAGAUCCACAAACUGGUGCAGAAGAGGGACUUCCUAGUGGAUGACGCAGAGGUGGAGCGGUUAAGGGAGCAAGAAGAAGACAAGGAAAUGGCUGAUUUCCUGAGAAUCAAGUUAAAACCUCUAGACAAAGUAACCAAAUCUUCAGUCAGCUCCCGGGCAGAGAAGAAAGCAGAGCCCCCACCUAGCAAGCCCACGGUGGCCAAGACGGGGCUGGCGCUUAUCAAGGAUUGCUGCGGAGCCACCCAGUGCAACAUCAUGUAGCCCCCACAUGGGGUGCCCCCGGGCCCAUGGGGACCCCCCUCCCACCCUCUUGUCUUCAUAGCCCCCAUUUCAUGGGGGCCCAAGAGCUCUCCAAGGUAGAAGGGAUUGAAGGCAAGACCGUGACUGCCGCCAGGGGCCAUGGGCGUGGCAGGCGGGCUGGCCACCCUGUACAGAGUGUAGCAAUAGGGAGUCCCUCACCGUCGCAUGGCCCUCCCCAGAGCAUGCCGAACCCAGGAGUCUGUCCCACUGUUUAUCCAGCCACCAGGAAAGGCCCUCCCUCAGAAAAGUAUAUCUCCACUUCUAUCUAGCUGUAUCUAACCCACCGUGCAAAUGAAUUGGGAGAGGGGCAUGAUCCCCAGGUGUGUAUAGUUGUGACUUCUCAACGAUCUAGCACCACGUUGGACACAUCCCCCAUCCACCCUCGCAGUUCUGCUGUCAGACCUGCCCCAAAUGGGCACAGGUCCUGUUCCCUGUCUGUCCUCUCCCAGGGGCAGUGCCCUAGAGGGCUCCGCACAGCUCGUGAGUCUCUCAGGUGCCAUCAGUGUAGCAUUCUUGGAGACACACAGGGCCCGUCUGUCAGACUGAGCUUGUGUGUGGUGUCUUGGUCAUAUCUCCCGCUUCCUCCCAUCCUGUGUCUGGACACAGUCCCCUCAGGGGGCUCUCUUGGCUCUUCCUUUGUGUGCUGUGUCUGGAGUGGGGUGGGGAUGGGAGGCUUGGGCUGGAAUAGAGCCAGAGCAUGGAAGAGUAGCCAAGAGCUGGAGGCACCCAGGCUGAGGCCAGGGCAGACGAGAAGGGGACCCCGAGCAGAUGCCGACCCAGGCACUAUUCAGCCACCAGGGCCACCGCAGGGGGUGCCAGCAGGACACCAACUCGCCAGCCCAACACACAGACCUCUGUAAAGAACAGCGACAGACGGGAGAGGCAGCCUGACCCAACUGUGUCCCAUCAUCUGGUGGCCUACUUUAACCAGCCUAACAAUCCCACCUGUGUAACUUGAUGUACAUUUGCUACAGCCAGCCUGGCACGGCCCGUGUGACCUCUCUGUCCGUGUGUGUGUCAUGACCGGCCUAAGUAGUUAGCGUAACUCAAGAUUCACUGAUGUGCAACCAUCCAUCAGAGAAAAUAAAAAUGGAAACCACGUA